AUGGUUUCGAGCAUAAUCUAUGAUACCCUUGUCUUCGCCCUCCCACAAAACAUCAAAUCUCAAACCCCCAUCCACCUUCUGGCAUGGAUCCCUGGCAAAUCUCCCAUUUCCACCGUCCCUUCCCUUAUAGCCGCUGUAACCACCUACCUCGCUGUCAUCUUCGGUGGACGAGAACUGAUGAAGAACCGAGCGCCGCUAACCACUAGCAUCAAACUUGCCUUUUUACUCCACAAUCUCGCGCUCACCUUGGGCUCGGGUCUCCUUCUUGCACUGAUGCUCGAAGAGAUCAUCCCCAUCGUCCGUCGUAAUGGCUUCUACUACGGUAUCUGCGGUGAAGGUGCUUGGACUAUGAAACUGGAAACCUACUACAUGAUCAACUAUUACUUUAAAUAUUGGGAGCUUAUCGACACGGUUUUCCUCGUCCUCAAGAAGAAGCCACUUGCUUUCCUUCAUGUUUAUCAUCACUCGGCCACCGCUGUUCUGUGUUUCUCCCAGCUUCACGGAAAAACGUCGGUUUCGUGGGUCGUCAUCUGCCUUAAUCUGGCGGUACACGUGUUGAUGUACUUCUACUACGCCUUGACCUCGCUCAAGAUCCCCUGCCCUUGGAAGAAGAGCGUUACCACCGCCCAGAUCACCCAGUUCGUGCUGGAUAUCUUUGUCAUCUAUUACGCUUCCUGGAAUCACGUAGCCUCGACCUAUCUGCCCAGCCUCCCGCACCGAGGCUCAUGCGCCGGUAAAGAGCACGCCGCUAUCUCAGGCGUCGUCUGCAUCACCAGCUACCUGUUCCUCUUCAUCGCCUUCUAUCAGAAGACGUACGCAGGGAAAAGAGCUCAUGGCAAGUCGGCAAAGACGAUUACUGCAAAACAAAAGGCAGGCACAGCGAAUGGCAAAGCCAAUGGCAACGCUCUCUGA